AAAGUCGCAAAAUUUUCUUUCCAAUCCGAUUUUUUUCCCAUUCGGAUUUGUGAAUUAGUAAAUGUGCCCCCUAAUGUCACGUAACAUAUUGUCUCCAGCAGUGGAUUCCAUUAAGCACUGAGCUAUUUUUUGUUACAUAGGUUGCAUGUGGGUUAUUCCAUUUACACUAUAACAGAUGAGGUUGAGCAGUAGGUUGACUUAACCCCGUUAGCGACUGUACAACUCUAUAAAGAGCUCAAGACCAAACAAUCUGAAUAAUGGUGCUAUUUAAAUAAAGAGUAAUAUGUAUAUCUGUGUGAAUGAACUCUGUCAGAGUACUGUGUGGUUAAAAAAUUCCAAGUGGGUUGAGGAUUUGUAGUCAACCUACUACAAAAAGCAACAUUUUAUGCAAAAUCUGUCAAAAAAGGGAGAGAAGGUACAAGCUAUUUUUAAAUGGAAAGCCAAGGUUGAAUCUGCACUAAAUAAAGAGGACUGAGGUAAUAAAUUGGGAAAAUAUGUGAGGACUACUUGGAAGGCAGUGCAUACCCCUGACUUACCAGCAAUGCAAAAGAAGUGUAAAACAUGAGUUGCCAUGGAAGUGAUGCCAGCAGCCAUGUGGGACACAGAGGAAAGCUGGAAGUAAACACCAAGGAACAGACAUACCGGCAGAGGGUGCCAUUUCUAGAUGUCAGCAUGGGAUUGAGCCUUCCAGCAGUGGGUCAGAAGCUCCACUAGUGACUACAUGCUCAGUAGCAGCAAAGAAAGAAAAGACACCAAACUUGAAAAUGAAAAUCCAAAAGCAUGCAAACAUGGACAGCAGUGCCAAGAUGUGUGGUUAUUAAACAUUCCAGAUCCCUCACUGACGAAUGGAAGUUGUGACCUGUCAAAGAAAGAAACAGAAAGCAAAACAUGUAAGUCUGAUGGUGCAAUGGAUAAAGCAGACCUGCUGGGGAAGGAGUUCUUCUCUUGGGAGGAGUUCAGCAAUUUUUUCGACGCUUGGUGUGAACAAACAAAUGGCCUUUUUUAUAUUAAAAACUUUAUACUUUUAAGUAAAUCAAAAUUUGGCUCUGACCCAGUUGAUCCUCAAGCAGUCGAAACUCUAAAAUAUAGUUCUGUCCGUCUCGGCUGCAAGAACAUCAAGAGAAUGAAAGGCAUUGGAACAUACAAGGUAAAAAAAGAAGAUAACGGCUCAGAAGAAUGGCAACCAAAGCAUCAUCGGAGUUGUGGAGCCUAUAUCCUCUUAAAGCUAAGUCACGGAAGGAACAGCCUUGUCGUCAUUGAGUGCCAACUGACUCACAGUCACGAGUUGUGCCCUGUGGCAUUUAAAUACUACUUUAAAAAGGGGUACCUGCUUGCCAAUGCAUGUCUGCCUGUUCGGAGUACUAAUGAAAUCUCUAAGCAGUUUGUUAGUGCUCAGGAUAUUAAACGCCUCUUAUCUUAUUGCAAAGGCCCUGACCAUGGUGUCAUGGACACAUUGAAUGCACUAGAUUACCUUUUCCAAAACGAUUCAGGUGCCAAGGUAAAGCUGGUGUUUGUGGAAAACAAAGUUAUUGUGAAGACAGUAUUUAUCGUUACUUCCUUCAUGGCGUCCUUAUGCCGGCGCUUCCCCAUCUUAUUAUUUUUUGACAGAAUUAUGAGUUUUAAUGAAGAAUACGACCUUUACUGUUUCUUCUGUGUAGAUGCAAACUCCAAAGGAAGGGAUUGUGCCUACGUGCUUACCCAAAAAGGGACUGCCAACCUGCGCUUUGCCCUUGUUUCACUUGUUCAGACCAUACCAGAAAUUAAGUUUCGUGUCCGAUGUGUCAUCCUUGGUUUGGAUAUCAACGAGAAGAAAGUGGUUAAGGAAAUAUUUCCUAAUGCUCAGCCUCGGCUGAUACGUCUGCAGGUUCUGCAAAAGCUCUGCAACAAAGCUGUGGAACUGGGGGCUGAAGAAGAAAAAGUAAAGCCCUUGCUCAGCGAUAUGGCUUCUUCAACUUCCUUGGAAAAAUACUUUCAGGCUGUAAAGGAUAUGGAUCUUUAUUUUACAAGUGAAUUUAUUGAAUAUUUUCUGGAUGAGUGGCAUGACUACUAUGAAUUGUGGGUUGAUAUCUGGGGUUAUAAAACCACACACAUAGACCCCACCACACUGCUCUCUCAUCGUAAGGAGGUGAUUACAGCUGCCGUGUCUGAUAAUGCUUCAGUGGCUGAUUGCAUACUACGUCUCAUGGUGCUGGAAACAUUAAAACAGAGUUUCCAAAAUGAGGAUGAUGUAGCCAUUGGCUACUACUCUGUGUGUAGCCCCGACAAUGCAAGUUUGAUUGAGGAGGAGCUGGGAUUCUCCAGGCAUGGUUCCUAUCAUAUUAAGGACACCUCUGGCGGUUUCUUGCUUAGUGAUGGUGUGUCUGAAUUUUUCAUGGACAGGGAACUAGUGACUUGCAGUUGCACCAUUCACAGUUCAAGUUUGCUUCCCUGUAGACAUUUGUUCGCAGCUCGUUUCAGAAACGGAGAGGCACUUUUUGAUUUAAAACUGCUGGAGAAACACAAAGAUGCCUGUACCAAAGCAAGUGCAAUCAAAUAGACUCUAUAGGGCUUACUUACUAACAUAGAUGCUAAAUUACAUGACGCAGUUGCCAAUAGCAAGCAGUCCGCAAUUUGUACAAUAUACUUCAAAUUGGAAAAUGCAAGCCACAAUCUGAUUGGUUGCUAGGAGUAACUGUGUUGGUGUAGUUUAGCACAUAUGUCCAGAAAUCAGACCCAAUAUAGAUUCUCAGUAAAGAACAUGGUUAGAGGGGGAACUAAAACCCCUAAACAAACAUUGCACCAUUCUGUAGUGUUAAAACAUAAGCCUAAUGUUAUGUUGAUCAGUUUUUUGUUUUUUUUAUUACGUUGCCUGUUUGCAUUUUAAGAUAUUCCAAUUUAGUGCUAUCCAGAAUGCUUGGGACCUGGAGUUUUCCAGAUUACAGGUUUUUCCGUUAUUUGGAUUUCCAUAAUUUAAUUCUACUUGUUUUUCCUCCAAUAAGGAUUCAUUAUAUCUUAAUUGGGAUCAAGUACAAGGUACUGUUUUAUUAUUACAGAGAAAAAGGAAAUACUUUCAAAAAUGAUAAUGAAUUGAUUAAAAUGGUGUCCAUUAAAGGGACAAUUGUGUGAGGACUUGUUAAGAGAUUAUAUAAAACCUACUAUAAAAGUAUAAAUGUUCUCAAUCCUUUUAUAGAUGAUUUAUUUGUCAGAAUUAAAAAAUGAUGGAGUUCCUACUUCCCUAGCCAUAAGCAUAUAAAGACACAAACCUAAAGGGCACUCAUGCAGGGAGUUGAGACAAGUGACUUCACUAAAUGCUCUGUGUAUGGAUUUGUUUACUGGCAGUUCCUGGCUUUUUAGGUAUUCUAACUUUAAUUCAUUUUUCAUUAAAUAUAUGCUUCUUAAAAGCUGUCAAAGCUAAUGAAUCUGUGCCUUUAAGUGAAAUGUAUUUAUAAUGCAAUAUAACUUUUCUUUUACUGGCCGACCUAAAAAGCAUAUUGUAUUUUCUGAACAGAGCUUGGCUAUGUAUAUUUAAAUAGAGCAUCAGGCAUAUGAUGAAUAACAGUCAUGGUAUGUGACUAGAAACAGGGACAUGUAUUACAUGUGUGGGAUUUGUAAUGCAGAUCUAGUGGAAUGGGGUGGUAUGCCAAAGUGCAAACAUUCUGCUUAAUAAAAUGUAAAAUCUAA